CCUCCCCCAUUUUUGGAACACAUCUUGCGAACAUGGGAUUCGCAAUCAUGGCUGGUAUUAGUGUAGGUACAAGAGAGGACCUUGAGUGCGGGCGUGCAAAGUUGAUAACCCUUUGAACUUUCGUAUUUCAACUCUGAAACUUCUUCAUAAUUCGUCAAACAGCAUUUCUCCAGAUUUUCUUACCAACAUGCCGAAAGCGGACUCUCCUAUUGGCUUCAAGCCACUCAAGGACACUGCUCUCUUCACGCCGUUCAACCUGGGCCCUGUAAACCUUGAGCACCGAAUUGUACAAGCACCUUUGACGCGGAUGCGAGGUAUAAAAGAAAGUGAUGCUGUCUUUGUACCAGGUGACUUGCAUGUUGAGCAUUACAGCCAGCGUGCAAGCAAGGGCGGUCUGCAAUUGACCGAGGCUACCGACAUUGCGAAAUAUGCGAGUGGUUAUCCAGGAGUACCGGGUGUUUUCUCAGAGUCGCAGAUCGCGGGCUGGAAAAAAGUCACCGACGCCGUCCAUGCGAAGGGCGGUUACAUAUUUUGCCAACUGUGGCACACUGGACGCGCUUCUCCACCAUCGUUCCGAGCUGGAGAACAGACAGUUAGCUCGAGCAAUGUAUCUAUGGGAGGCAGCUGGUUGGAUGGCACGGUAUGUGCUGAGCAUCUACCACGACCACUGACAGUCGAGGAGAUCCAGGGUAUAGCGAAGACCUGGGGCGCGGCAGCGAAGAAAGCGCGUGAAGCAGGCUUCGACGGCAUUGAGAUCCACGGAGCGAACGGAUAUCUGCUCGAUCAGUUUCUACACGACAACGUGAACACGAGGACAGAUCAGUAUGGUGGAUCCGUCGAGAACCGUUGUCGCUUCCCGCUCGAAGUUAUCCAGGAGUGUGCGAAAGCUAUCGGCGCUGAUCGUGUCGGUAUCCGUCUAUCGCCAUACAACUACUUCCAGAAUACCAAAGACAGCAACCCGAACGAGCAUUGGGAAUACCUGUGCGAGAGGAUCGCUACGUUACCUCAAGAGGAGAGGCCGCUCUACGUGCACAUGGUCGAGCCACGCUUCGAUGAAGUUCUUGACGAGCAGGCCAAAAUGGAUGCACUUUCUGCUUACACCAAGAGCGGCGGGAAGGGCGUUGAGGCAGAAGCUACCAUCAAGGCUCCCGGCAACACGCUCGUCAACUUUCGCAACGUUCUCAAGGAAGGCGGUGUCAAGUUCCUUGCCGCAGGUGGAUUCAACCGGGACAAUGCUGUGCCGAAAAUUGAGUCUGGCGAUGCUGACCUUAUCAUUUUUGGGCGGUGGUUCAUCGCCAACCCGGACUUACCGAAGCGCUUGUUUGAGGGCUCGAGACUGAACCAGUACGAUCGUGACACAUUCUAUGGCGCAGACCCGCCGUCGAAAGGAUAUGUUGACUACCCAUUUCACAAGUAGUUGGAUUCUGCUUGGUUAGGUCAACGUUCGUGCAUUUGUGGCGCUAGGUUGCAUCAGCAUUCAUCACUUCUAGAGUAGUCAAAUUC